AUGGCGUCUCCAAGACACCAUCUAGUUUCCUACAAAGGCUUUGUUGUAGAAUUUUGCGAUGAAGUUGAAAAUACGACACUGGAAGGAACUGUGAUCCAGGCCAGGGUUUUCAAGAUGGACAGGACCACAGGCAAGUUUGUACAAGUAUGUGUGGUUGACAGUCCUGAAGUUGGACAGCUUCACAUCAUAACAGCUAACUGUGUGUGCGAGGAGAGCACCGGAUCCAUCCUUCCAUGCGUUCUUUUCCGUAACUGCAAAGGAGACUCUGGCUUUCCUUGUGUGUUCCAAGCAGCUUUUCUGACAAUGGAUGGGGACGAUGCAAAACUCGUGACCGGUCCAGGAAUGUCAGCAUCACACCGCAUGUGUCACAGCAACGUCCUAAAGACCUUCCAGCUCCUACCGGGACCUCGGAUUGCGUAUCGUUACCAUGGAGACCUAUGCGUCGCCUGCGACAAACAGAACACAGGAACAUUCCAACAGCUGAAGAUCGCUACGUCGACCUUCGACCCGCUAUGGUGGGGAAAGCUGGGAAGGACACUCGUUGCCAUGGGAACGGAGGCAUGCUCAGCAUCACCUGAUCACCAGAUGGAAACCGAAGAGGAGAUGGUCACCGACCUUGACCUCAUCUGGGGUCACAAGUGGAUGUAUGUUGCCAUGGAAACCAAAGAUGAAGAGUGGAAGAAAAGGGACGGUAGCGUCUUCAUUCCUCAUCCGUAUGCAUGUGUGGCUAGGGCGAUAUGCCUGUUAGAAUACAGAGUGAUUAAACAGACAAUAGAUGGGGAUAAUCCAGAGCAGGAGGAUGCUGAUGUCCAUCAAUCACGUGUGCUGUUAGCGACCAAUCAGGGGCAGCUGGUGGAGCUGGAGGAUGGGGAGGUGAGGAGGAUUUGUGAGCUGCCGUUUCAGGACCCGUCUGACGUGCGUGUGGCGUAUGUCAGCGGAGGGGAGACAGUCGUUCUUGUGACGUCACCCACAGGAGGGGUGUGUGCGGUGUGGGGCAGCAGCUUCAAGCCCGCAGGCCACUGGCCAUCAGCCCACAUGGCCCUGACCGACUAUUUCCUGUCCCGUGGGACUCAGCAGGUGCUACUGCUAUCUGGGAGUGGGGGAGUCUUUGAUGGUUUCCUUCUCACUGAUCUAAUGGGCUACAACAUUACCGAUCAGCAGGAGGAAGCUGAGGAGGAGACAGAUGUGUCUACUAGUACAGACAGGAGUGUACCCAUGCAGUCAGCUGUGCAGGCCUUACAAGCCAGGCUAUAUGAGAGCCAGGCAUCCCUGGAGGAGCUGAGGUCCCUGUCAGCUCAGAAGGACAGAGUGAUCCAGCAGACCUGCACAGCUCUGAGAGCCAUGGUGCUACAGAGUGGCCACGUUAUGGGGCAGGCCGCUCUACCAGAGGAUCCCUCACUGGUGUGCCUGUACAAUGGAAAAGGUUUUCCCCCCAGUCCUGACUUGAUGCCCCCCUCCCCACCUAUGUCGGACCCCAUCACCGUUGUACGAGUCUGGCAGAGGCUGGUUCUGAACCAGUGGGUGGUCGGGCUGGAGAUCAGCAACCAGUCAGACAGAACUUUGCAGGACGUACGCCUUGCCCUUGUUAGACACGAGGGUGCUGAAGCUGGUGCCAUGAAGAGUUCAAGAUGGAACAAUGAUAGCACAUCUUCAUGUAGAGUUGUUUCAACAAUCCCUCCCGCAGUAAAACUAGGCUCAGAGACAAGUCAUCACUUCCAAUCCAAGAAACUAAAACUGGACAAAAGUGUGCAACAAGAUGUAACAAAACAGAAUACUACACUAGUCUGUGUGUCCCCCAUACCCAAGUUUGGUGCCCGCCCAUCCUUACAAUGUUCUUUACUCCUAUCAUGGAGAGAAAAAGAAGGGAGAGGUAAAGACAGUGAAGUGGAGUCCAGCUUUAGAGAUUUCUGUCUGGAUGUUGGGCAUGUGAAGUUGUCCAUUGAUGACAUUACCAACAGACAUCUGACUGUGUUUGCGGGGGAUGGCAGCAAGACUGCUGACUUACAGAAGACAGACCUGCUGGCCCUCGAAGCUGUGCAGUCAGAAACAAGGUUAAAGGUGAGAUGUAGCCAUGGCAACCUCAGGCAGCUGCCUCAGAUGUUGCAGAGCAAACUGGGAUUCCAGGCUAUCCCAGGCGCCCCUGGACUGUUCUGUGAGCGGCAGGGACCGCUGCAGUAUGUGAGAGUCACCUGUACUGUCAUCAGCAGAGCAGAGGCUGAGCUAUCUGUUUGUACAAGAGACCUGCCCCAGCUGUCUCUUCUACUCCACUCCCUGUACAGCCUCCUUCCCCGAGGAACAAAAGUCCUCCCUGAUCUUCAAGACUCCAACAUUAAGGAGGAGGUGGAAAAGUAUGUGAAAUCUGUGGACACUGAGCAGCCACACAUGGGCAGCAAGCUCAGAACUUUACUACAGUGGGAGGGAGUGGAGAAGGAACAAGAGUGA